AUGAUUAUAGCCAUACCCUUAUUCCACUUCCCAUCAUGUUUGCACGCAAAUGAUAAUGAGCAGUACGGCAAUUGCACCGAACGAUUUGACUGUGCGAGUGCUAAGGAUAUCGGAUAUCCUUUCUGGGGAUCAAAUCGGCCGGCCUAUUGUGGCUACCCAGGUUUUGAGUUGGACUGCAGCGGUGAUGACCCGCAUAUCAACAUCACGUUCAUCAAAUACCGAGUCCUUGAAGUCGUUGAGGAGUCGCGGACUCUUAAGGUUGCUAGAGCGGAUUACUGGAAUAUGACUUGUCCUCCUACGAUUGUUAACACCACCAUAAAUUUCUCCAUCUUUUCUUAUCCUUCAAGUCUUGUGAACUUGACGCUCUACUAUGAGUGUUCGUUACCUUCUUCCCUUCCUAAUCUUCCAAACCAGCUUGAUCAGAUGGCUAUACGGUUUAGCUGCCCCAAAAAUGGUAGUGCCGGGGCUACCAACUACUAUUCGAACUCGAUUGUUGACUUAUUGGAGGCGUGCAAGUACAACGUUAAAGUUCCAGUUGUGACACCAGCAGCACCUAUAAGUUUAACUGAAGAGGCACUGAUUGAAGCUAUUGAUGGGGGAUUCAUGUUGGAGUGGAAUGCAAGUAAUAGCAACUGCGAUGGAUGCCAAAGGUCCGGUGGGCUGUGUGGAUUCAACACAAGCACCAAUGUUUUUGCUUGCCACUGUGCAAGUGGGACUUUUCCGUUCACGUGCGGAUCAACAACAAUUGCACCAGGUAAGUUUCCAUUAUUCAUUUCUUGGCUAGCUGUUACCUUGUUCAAAUUUCUUGAAUGA